AUGCAAUUACCACGACGAAUCUCUAAAUUAAUUCUCAAUGUCGAUACACCUGUUAGCCCGAUGAUGUCUAUUCCACAAGAAAAUAUUCAUCAUUUAGUUGUUGAACGUCGCUUAAUAGAUACAAAUGAAAUUCAUAUACUUGCUUGCCAGUUUCCUCGUGUAAUAUAUUUAGAGUUAUUAUUUCCAUUCGAAAAGUUAUCAUUUCUUCGUUGUAUUCAAACUCUGUUUUGUCUUGCUGAUAACACUGAAAAACGUUCUUUUUGGUCUGAAAUGACUUACUUUCGUACAAUACUUACUGAUGAACAAUCAUUCUCAACUUGA